CAAUGAAGACUUUGCCACUGGAGUGGAGACGCACAACGAUUAGUCGGUUUUUAACAAUGUGUUCAACGAGUCAAAAACGGAGAGUGUUUUAAUUUUGUUUUGUAAUAGACGAAGAGCAUACCUGUUCAAAAAUCAGUCGAAGUAGCUUCCAUUUUUUUCAGCGUUUUUGUGUGCAGCCUGCCAAUACAUCUACAGAGUUCACUCCGCGAGCGGUUUUGAACGUUUUACUUCUGCUACUCUCGCCAUGGAGUACACCUCUUCCCCGAAGCCACAGCUCUCCUCCAGGGCAAACGCGUUCUCGAUAGCCGCUAUCAUGUCAAGUGGAAAAACGAAGGACAAGGAAACCGAUGAAAACACCAUCAAGCCACUUGAACAAUUCGUGGAGAAGUCCUCCUGUAACCAAGGUUUGGGAGAGCUGUCUUCUCUAGAUGGGCUCGGAGAUUUCAGCGGGAGCGCGCCUCCAGUGUGCACAGAGCCGCUGAUCCCCACCACUCCCAGUGUUCCCAGCGAGGAGAUGGCCAAAAUCUCCUGCACUUUAGAGACCAAAGAACUCUGGGACAAAUUCCAUGAUCUCGGCACCGAGAUGAUCAUCACAAAAUCCGGAAGAAGAAUGUUCCCCACCAUCCGUGUGUCCUUCUCCGGGGUGGACCCGGACGCCAAAUACAUCGUGCUGAUGGACAUUGUUCCGGUCGACAACAAACGCUACCGAUACGCCUACCACAGGUCGUCCUGGCUCGUGGCGGGCAAGGCGGACCCUCCCCUGCCUGCAAGGUUAUACGUGCACCCUGACUCUCCUUUCACUGGGGAACAGCUGCUCAAACAAAUGGUGUCUUUCGAGAAAGUAAAGCUCACCAACAACGAACUGGACCAACAUGGACACAUCAUACUAAACUCCAUGCAUAAGUACCAGCCCCGGGUCCACAUCAUCAAGAAGAAGGACCACACCGCCUCCCUUCUCAACCUCAAGUCCGAGGAGUUCCGCACCUUCGUUUUCACAGAGACUGUCUUUACCGCGGUCACAGCCUACCAGAACCAGCUGAUAACCAAGCUGAAGAUCGACAGCAACCCGUUUGCGAAAGGCUUCCGAGACUCCUCCCGACUGACGGACAUGGAGAGGUUACUGCAAAGACAUGAUAUAUCUUGGGAAAGUGUUGAGAGUUUGAUCCACAAGCACUCGUACGCACGGUCACCAAUACGCACCUACGCAGGUGAGGAGGAGACACUGGGGGAUGACAGCCACGCCGCACAUAGGGGUUCUGCGUUCACCGCCUCUGACAACCUCUCCCUGAGCUCCUGGGUCACUGCCACCUCUGGUUUCUCAGGCUUCCAGCACCCCCAGUCCCUCUCUGCCAUGGGCUCCAGCAGCACCUCCCUGGCCCCCCCCUUGCCCCACCCCAUCCAGGGCUCCCUGCCCCCUUACAGCCGGCUGGGCAUGCCCCUGACACACUCGACCCUGGCGGGCACCAUGCAGGGCGGCGGGCCCUCCUUCCCCUCCUUCCAUAUGCCCCGCUACCACCACUACUUCCAGCAGGGCCCCUAUGCUGCCAUCCAGGGACUGCGCCACUCCUCCACCGUCAUGACCCCUUUUGUAUGACUCCCUCUGGGGUGACUGCCUGGCCGGGUAGCCCCUCAUCAGCUACAACUAAGCUUAUAGACACACUUCCACACACAAGUAGAUAGACUCACCGAUUUGUCCGCCUCAGCAUCAUCACCCAUCGUCACCACCGUGUCCUUGUAAAUAAUAAGCCCCCUGGCCGAGGCAACUGACUGGACGACCUGGAGAGGCUGCCUGGCUGCUGCCCUGCAUGCUGACAGCUGAACCGGAGAGGAAACAGACUCCUACGGGACCUGGUGGAACAGACACAGAGACCCACAGACUGAUAUGAACACCAGAUAUGAACACUUAUGACCUGCAUAUGAAUAUUUACGACCCAGAUAUGAAAACUGAUGAUCCAGGUAUAAAAAAAAAAAAUCCACAACAAAGAUGCUGAGGACUGAUGACCAUGCACAGUGAUGUGUUGUGGGAAAUAGGUCAUGGUCUGCUUGUGAUAACUGUCGUUUGCCCCUGCCCUCCAACGGUUGGUUACAAUGAUCACUCUCCAGAAAAACAUGGACAGGAGAACCAGUGAACUGUCUGGUUUACGAACAUUAAAACCAGAGGGUGUGGUAAUUGUUAGCUCUCUCACAGCUUCUGAGGACAAUGAAGAAUAUGGGACUCCAAAAGUUUACGGGAGUGCACAACUUCCAAUCCUGGGCACCGCUUGUGGCCACGGAAGAGAACUAUCUUCACUCCAGCUGCUGGGGCAUGGAGGAAUGGCAGCCAUUUUAGACUGAGUCAAAGCAUUCCCCCUGCUUGCUGACCAAAACUCACAGGGAGGGUAGAGGCAACAUCUCUCCUCUCCUGCUUGACCUCAAACUAUGUUAAGCUUCCUCUGCAGGCAGAAUACUAUAGCCUCCUCCAGUCAGGUUGGCUGUUGCCAUGGUAGUCAGAUUUGUGCGCAUAGAUGCCCUAGAGACAGAGAGAAGCCAAUUGUUCAUUUCCCAUCUAAAAAGCCAGCCAUGUGUACUGUGAAGAAGUUACAAUGGAAGAUGAUCACGUUUGAUAGCAGUACAUAAAGAUGCACACACACACACACACACUACACAAACACAGAGUUAGUUCUCACACAGAAGCUAACCGAUGCACACACACACACACACACACACACACACACACACACACACACACACACACACACACACACACACACACACACACACACACUACACAAACACACACAAACACACUGUGCAUUAGCACAGGACACAAACUAUAAGAUGAAUGUGCCAUAUCAUAGGAAGCAUGCUGUUUGCAAAAGAUAACACAGAAAACAUUUGUUUAAAAAGAUCCUCACCCCAACCAGGUCUCAAACUACUUUUUCAGUUUUCUAUGUCAUCCAAAAAGCUUAUAUUCACCUCAUAAUGUUUGUGUGUACUACAUCCAAUGAGUAAAACAUGUACAUGUAUUUGAUUUGUGUGGUCAAUGGAAAGUGAUGUUUGUUCAUGUCUCACAUGUGGAUGGGCCCUAGAAGACCUUUGGAGGACCUCUCUAAGCGAUGUCCCAGAGCGCUAAAAUCACGCUACGUCAUAACGUAUCCCCAACACCAGCGGAUUGUCUUCUCUAACCAAUCAAUGGCAAAUCAGUAAUGUAUAAAUGAAGUACCAAGAGGAAGAGAAAACCAGCAAACUCUGCUGCCCUGAAAGGCAAAGAUGGACUUUCUCUUGUUGUAUUGGCCUGAAGCUUGAUUCACCACCUAACCAAUACCUAAGCUCUGGCGCCACACUAUAGCCUGAUUACUGUAGCCUGAUUACUGUAGCCUGAUUACUGUAGCCUAAUUACUGUAGUCUGAUUACUGUAGCCUGAUUACUGAAGCCUGAUUACUGUAGCCUGAUUACUGUAGCCUGAUUACUGUAGCCUGAUCUAUGUCUGCCUCAGGCUGUGUCGACACUACAGCACUCUGGGAGAAAGUCCACACCUGUAAAUAAUGACUCAGUGGUGCCUCCCCUUAGAGGAGGGUGGUCGUCACACCAUUGGCGAUUUAUCAGCUAGUCCCUUCUAACCAACAUGACACAGAAGCUAAGCUAGUGACACAAAACAUACAGUGUAUGCAUCGGGUCCUUUGUAGUGCCACUCCUCUCAAAAAAAGAAUAAUUGCAGAUUGAUUCAUCCACUCAAUGAUGUCUCAUACAGUUUGUUACCACCGUAACACCGAUUUUGUCAAGAAAAUUACAACUAAGGCAAC